AUGUUUGCUGUCCGACAUUAUUCUUCUAAAGUUUCACCCAUAAAGCCGAAAAAGCUAUUUGGUCGUCCUUCUAAUAACCUCACAAGUGGUAUUGUGGGACUUGCCAAUGUAGGUAAAUCGACCUUCUUCCAGGCUAUCACCAGAAGCAAGCUUGGUAAUCCGGCAAACUAUCCUUUUGCCACUAUCAAACCAGAAGAGGCUCGGGUGAUUGUGCCGAAUCCCAAACUAGAUCAUUUAGUUGAUUUGUAUAAUUCUGAUAAGAGAGUCCCCUCUAUAUUGAAAAUCUUUGACAUUGCAGGUCUUGUUAGAGGAGCCUCUGAUAAUAAAGGACUUGGUAAUGCUUUUUUGGCUGAUAUUAGGGCUGUGGAUGGGAUUUUCCAGGUUGUCAGGGCUUUUGAAGAUCCGGAGAUUACUCAUAUCGAAGGAUCGAUUGACCCAGUUAGAGAUCUCACCAUAGUUCAGGAUGAAUUGUUAUUGAAGGAUAUGGAAUUUAUUGAAAAUGCCAUUGAAAGGCUCCAUAAGCAGCUAAAAAAUAGAGGUGGUAAAACUCCACAGGAUAUUGCUGAUAUGGGGGAGGAAAUUAGAACUUUAGAACAGGCAUAUGACAACUUAAUUGGAGGUCAAAGGAUUAUGAAUAAGACUGAUUGGGAUGAUGAUCAGAUCGAUAUUUUGAGUAAGCAUCACUUUUUAAGCGCCAAACCAUCAGUCUUCCUAGCUAAUGUAAGUGAGGAAAGCUUUUUAAGCGGGAAAGUAAAAGAUUCUUUGGGUAGUAUUAGGCAGUGGGUUGAUGAAUAUGCACCAGGAUCAUCGAUAAUUCCUGUUUCCGCAUCGUACGAAUCUAAGAUGGCAGAUAAGAACCCAGAGAGCAUACCAAAGAAUUCCGCUUUGCCACAGAUUAUUCAGAAGAUGCGUGAGACCUUGGAUUUGAUUAGCUAUUUUACUUGUGGCCCCAUUGAAAGCAGACAAUGGACUAUUAGAAAGAACACACUAUGUCCACAGGCUGCUGGUGUCAUCCAUACUGAUUUCGAAACGACUUUUAUUAAUGCAGAGUUGAUCAAAUACGAGGAUGUUGCCAACUUGAAGCCUCCUUUUGAUGAAAAGAUUCUUCGUAGUAAGGGAAAGAUACAUCGUGUUGGCAAGAAUUACAUUGUUCAAGAUGGAGAUAUUUUGACCUUCCAUUCUGCAGCUCAAAGGAAGAAAUGA